CCUCGUUAAACCGCUCCAACUCCAGCUGCGCCUCCAUCCUCCAGCAGGAACGAGAGGAGGAGAACAGAGGAGAGCAGACGGAGGAGCUGAAGAGCAUUCAGCUGCUCCAAAGUGCGCUUUUCAGUCUUCGGCCCGCCCCUGAAGGAAAAUCGGUGGAUUUAUCCGCGCGCGUGAUGAUGACGGUUCCGCGGAGGGAGCCCGGAGCGUUCUCGCGGAUUUGCUCAAGUUUUUCUGGAUGACUUUCUCUGCGUGCUGCAAAAGCAGAACCACCGAUACCCGAUCACUGUGGAUGUGGAAGUAACGAGGAGAACCCGCGCGCUUGACCGUUCCGUUUUGCGCGCGUAAACCUGGACCCGGACUUUUUGUGGCUUUUGUGUGUGUGCGUGUGCGUGUGUGUGUGUGUGUGUGUGUGUGUGUGCGUGAGUGUGGUUGUGUGCGUGUGUGUGUUUGUGUGGCGCGACAUGCUGCAUAGUGAGAGCCGGGGAGGAGGAGGAGGCACCGGCGCACGCGGCGCGGGUCCCGAGGAAACGGCGCGGCUUGAGGAGUGAAGGAUCCGGCGUACGUGCGUGUGUGCGUGUGUGUGUGUGUGUGUGUUUGUGUGUGCGUGUGUGUGUGUGCGUGCGCGUGAGCGUAUGUGUGUGAGUGUGUGUGGAGGAGGGCAGCGCGGAUGCAGGACGGUGGACCGUGGACGGACAUAAGACGCGCGGACAGUCGUGGACAGUGAUGGGCUCUGCCAUGCGACGGCGAUGGUUUGUGGUGCCACUGCUGGUGCAGGCAUGGCUCUCUGCAAAUUUCUGUUACGGUGAGCGGCCAUGCCCACGGAGCUGCCGUUGCGAUGGCAAAAUUGUGUACUGUGAGUCCAGUGCAUUCCGUGAUGUGCCCAAAAACCUCUCUGGUGGGUGUCAGGGCCUGUCCCUGCGUUACAACAGCUUGGCCAGCUUACGUGCUGGCCAGUUUGUUGGCCUCAAUCAGCUAAUUUGGCUCUAUCUGGACCACAAUUACAUUGCAAAUGUGGAUGCAAGGGCCUUUCAAGGAAUAAGGAGGUUAAAAGAGCUGAUCCUGAGUUCUAACAAGAUUACACUCCUGCAUAAUACUACCUUCCACCUGGUACCAAACCUGAGGAACCUGGAUCUGUCCUAUAACAAACUACAGGCUCUGCAGCCAGGCCAGUUCCAAGGCCUGCGCAAACUCCUCAGCCUGCACAUGCGUUCUAACUCCUUGAAGAACCUGCCAUCUCGCCUUUUCCAGGAUUGCCGCAAUCUCGAAUUCCUUGACCUUGGCUACAACCGUCUGCGCAGCAUCACACGUAAUGCAAUGUCAGGGCUGCUGAAGCUGACCGAACUGCAUCUUGAGCAUAACCAGUUCUCCAAGAUAAAUUUUUCCAACUUCCCCAAGCUGUAUAACUUGCGUGCCCUUUACUUACAGUGGAACCGCAUCCGGACCAUGAGUGAAGGCCUCACAUGGACCUGGACAUCUCUUCAGAAGUUAGACCUUUCAGGAAACGACCUACAGGAGGUUGAGCCGGAGGUGUACCAGUGCAUGCCGAACUUGCAGACGCUUAAUCUGGAUUCCAACAAGCUGGUUAACGUCUCUCAGGAGGCAGUGUCGGCCUGGAUAACCUUGACAAUGAUCAGUUUGGCUGGAAACAUGUGGGACUGUGGGCCUGCCAUCUGCCCCCUAGUGAACUGGCUGAUAAACUUCCGUGGAAACAAGGAGACUCCCAUGAUUUGCGCCUCACCCAAGGAGGUUCAAGGUGAGAAGGUCAUGGAUGCUGUAGAGGCAAGUGGAGUCUGCAGAGUCACGCUUGUUACACCAUCAGUUGUGAGUUCUCCAUCUACUCUUUCUAGCACCCCUGCUCUGAAUGCAGCCCUUCCAUUUGUCCCCACACUUCAGUCUGGAGGCAGCAGGAAAGGCCAGGGCACGUCCUUGCAACAUCCUACCCCUUCAAGACCACCUCAGUCUGAUGUGUCUCCUCCUGAGCAAGACUUUGAGCCAGUGUCCUUCCAUAAGAUAGUGGCAGGGAGUGUUGCCCUGUUUUUGUCGGUUACAAUGAUCCUCCUGGUGAUUUAUGUGUCAUGGAAGCGCUAUCCAAGCAGCGUCAAGCAGCUACAGGAAAACUCGUCAUCUGCCCGCAAGCGUCGGAAAAAGUCUAGGGAGACUGAACGUACGCUCAGCACCCCCUUGCAGGAGUACUAUGUGGACUACAAACCAUCAAGCUCCGAGGCCACAGAUGUUCUGGUCAACGGCACAGGGCCAUGCACCUACACGAUCUCCGGUUCCAGAGAAUGCGAGGUCCCUCACCAGAUGAGCGCUCUGACCUUCUACCGAUAUGAGCAGCCUGUGGUGGAUUACUGCCAGGCUCACCAGCCUCUGCGUCUCAACAUGAGCUAUGAGGGUCCGCCACAGGGCCUGGAAGGGCUGGAUGAGUUAGUGCCCCGCGAUAGGAGCACCAUCCAGACCGUGGCGUUGCCCGCUGUACCGCCGUCUGGCUCUGGCACCCUUGGGCCCUGCUCUCCCCCGACCAUCCGAGCUCCAGGAGAGGGGCCUAGCAUCCCCUAUCCCAGCACAGAACGCUCCAUAAGCUACCCAACCACCGAGCGCCCCACUAGCACCCUGACAUUCGGACGCUAAUGCUAGUGCACUAAUGCACCAGGUGGAGAGGGAGAUCUUGGGUUCCACUGUACUUAACCCCAAGAGGGGCUGAAACUGUGGGAACAUUAGGAGGGUUCUUCUACUUCUAAAAUUUCUGAGGGACACUAAUGCUAAUGCACCGAAUCCAUGGAGUACAAGGCUGUUCUUGGUUGAAGAUCCAUAUCCUGCUGGAUGAGUGGAACUGCGCAAUUUGUCGAGAGGAUUCUUCUUCUUCUUCUACUUCUUCUUCUAAGUGAACACUUUUCUAGAGAGCAGGGAAAAGAGAGAGGAAAAAAAUUCACACAGAGAAUGAAUGGAUCCACAACAUGGCUGAGAAAUUCAGAAGCUUGAUUUGUGAGCUUGUGUAUGGGGAGAUGGGAUUUCAUUUCAUUUGUGUUUUUCUAUUCUUUUUCUUUAUCUAUUUUCUUUUUUUUCAAUGCAAAGUCCAACUCAAUGGAAAAUUGAAAGCCGAUGUAACAUGCAUGGCACGUUAAACAUCGCUUUGGUUCCCCGUUCUGCCUCCUCUUCUUUGCACCAGCCCAACAGGACGUCUCCUCUGAGGAGCUGAUAAUGGCGAUUCGCUCACGCUGCGAAAAGAAUGAAAAGGAAUGUGCAAUAAACAAGUUUUUUCUUUCUGUGACGGAAGAUGGAGAAAGAGGUGGGUGGGGGGGGCUAUGGGAAGACGAAAAAAGAGGCAGCAUGAGAGAGAAGGAAUGAAACAAAUUAAUGUUUACCAGAGCUCAGAGACCUCUCGCUGUUAUUCUCAUUUAAGUUAUCAGCCAGUGGUCAUAAAUAGCGCCAUUAUUUGAUUAAAAUGAUGUCUGUCCAGACAUGAGCCGUUUCAAAUGGAGAGAUCGCUGAGGUAUCUCUGCUCUUCCGACACUGGAAAAAAGUUUUAAUUAAAAGCCUGGAAGGCCUGGUCUCCUGCGGGUGUGCACACGUACCAAAGAUCAAGUGUUCUUUCAGAUGUACAGUUCAAAUUUCCUUUUUAUUGCUACCAAAACCUCCAACCCACAAAUUCAUGGCCCAACACAUUGACCCUAAAGUGAAGAACAGGGACACACAGUGUCUCUGAUGCAAAGCAUCACUCGUAUGAAGUAUUUAUUUGCUUAUAGCAACCCCUUGUCUUGAAUCUUCAGCCUACUAAACAUGAGUGAGUGAGUAAGUUCCAAGUCAGGUUCAUGAGGUGCAUUGCAUCUAGAAAAAGAGUCUCUUCACAGAGACAGUUAUAGUGUAUGUGUAUGUAUGUGCGUUUGAGGUAGGAGUCACAUUCCUCUAAAACCUUCUGAGCCAUCUUCAAAGACCCCCACCCAAUUAUCUGCUGACACUCGCUGUAACAAGGCAAAAAUCUUUAAUGAGGGGAAGCCAAAAGAGAGCUUCCACAGGAAAGAGGUGAAAAAAACUGGGCAAUAGAUACAGAUUUUCCUUUAACAGAGAAGUCCUGCACCUCAAUCCGUUCAGCAUUUACCCAGAAAUGAACAAAAAAUGGAAAGAAAAAUGUCUUUUUUGGACUUCACAAUGGGUAAGGUUAUUGCUGAAACUGUAGAGAUAAGUAUAUGUUUGGCUUGUUCCCCUGUUGAGGCCUGUUUGCUUGGUUUUGAUGAUAGCUUGCAUUUCCCACUGAUAGUAAGGAUUUAGCUUUGGAUAUUUUAAGACUUUAGAUUUUGAUGCUAGGUUAUGAGAGCCUCCUGAGCUGGACUGGGUAUCGCUCAAUACUUUUAUGGUACAGAACAAAUUAUAACAAUACUACAAAGUAUCAAACAACAUAAAAUUUCUAUGCGUAAGUAGUCAAUUUUAGGAACGUGCAAAUAUAGACACCAGAAGGGGGUUAAGCUUCUGCCCUUUAGCCCUUAGACUGUACCAGCAGCCUCGUAGUUGGCUUACUGGUUAAACAGUUUGACCUUAUAUGGCCUCUGCCAUUGUUCAAGAUCACCUCAUGAAGUAACACAGAUUUAUACAAAGCUCUGUGGAGUACUUAAAGAGAUUUACUUAGAUCUACUUAACAAAUUGAUCAAAUUGAUCCAAUUGAUGAGUUUAUAUUCAGGCUGGCCUGCCUUUUGAUCACCCAGCCCCCACCACGUAAUAAUAAUAAAAAUUGUUGGUUAAUGGGCUUGGUUAGUUUGUUAGCUAGUGUAACACCUACUUAUAUAGUACCAGUGAUCGAUUCAAACAGGGUCCCUAAUUCUAUACAAUCCUAAUUCAUACAUGUGUAUUCUAUAGUGUAUGGUAUUUAAAGUAUUUAGAAUGGUGUAUAGCACCAAAGAAAGAGGGGUAUAGACAACUUUAGUCACCAGUUUGCUUAUUCCUCAUUAGUCUAAAAUCUGUUGUGGUCAGUAAAGAUACCCAGUUCCAGCACCUCUUAUGAACUUCCACUUUAAGCUACAUUUCUGACUUAUAUUUGAAAACAAAAUCAGUAUUGAAAUCAAAAUGUAGGCACUAAAAAAGGUUUGAACGAUACCCAGCCCUACUCGUGUUCUACCAUAGAGAAAGCAGUACAUGUUUGCCACUAGAAGCCAUGUUCCAGUCUACAGGAAGACCGUUUUCCAUGCCUGAUAGUGCAGUGUGGACCUGCAACUGUUUCUGUGUUCCGUUGCAACUUGUACAUGGACCUCCUGGAAUAAUGAAAGAAUAUCGGAAUUAUUGCCUGUAAACACGGAUUUCUUUUUUUGUUUCUUUCUGUCACCCUGCGUGCCUGUGUGUUCGGACUCAACACAAUGAAUGUGGAUUCUUGUACCUCACUAACAGCUAGUGUGGAUUUUCCGGAUUUUUUUUUCUUUCUUCUUUUUAUAUUGUUAUUAUUCAAACACUCCCAAAUCCUAGGAUUUGUGGGAAUGUUUGGAACAGAGGGCAGAUUUCACUCUCAAACUGGAAAGAGGAACUAAAAAGAGAAAGCUGGGAAAAAGACAUCACUCUGAAGGCACUCAAAGACUCACAAUGUUUGCAGACGCUAAUUAAUGAACACAGAUUCAACAGGACAUGUUUAUCUUGUAAAUAGAGAGAAAAAAGUAUCAUGUUGUUUGCUUCUUCUGAUACACACACAGACACACACACACAUGCGGGCUCUCGGAUGUCUAUUGUGUCGGGAGGGGGGCUUUCGGUGUUGCUCUGCAGAGAGACAUCUUCAGUAAUAUAUCCACAUUUUAAAGAUCGAUAUUUUUCUAUAUCUGCUCCCUCCUCACCUCUACAUCUCAUUGUGCCCAUUGCUUUUCAUCACCCAUCAAGAUGUUUGGAGUUUGACCGUGUAAAGUUUAAACUGAAUAUCUUAUCGUUUUAACGUUGUUUCCACGUUUGUGUCCAUGCCCCGGUUUCAUUUUACAACAGUAUUUUCCUGCGACUGUUCCAAACAGGAGGAACAUCAUUGUUUUGCAGAGUAUUCACCUCCACCACCACUUCCACUUGCUUUGUUUUUACAGUUUUGAAAAGUCCUGGCAAUAUACAAAAAAAAAGAAAAAGAAAAAAAAAAGAGAUUAUCUAUUUGUACAAUAAGAGUGGCUUGUGUUGUGUUCCAAAGCUUCAUGUAUGAUAUAUGAGCUGUUGGUUUGAUAUUAUUGUUAAUGGCUGUGAAUUACCCAGAAUGCUCCACUAUUGCACAAUAUCAUCCGGCCCUUCUGUGAUGUUCAAGCCCCAAAUAAUUCCAAGGGCUGCCCAGCAAGCUGUAUUGUGUCAUGGCUGUGGACAACAGGUUAAAAAGGUUUAACAACAAGUUGGAUUUUUUCAAGGUUGUGUGAUUUUCAAUGCAGCGCAUCCUUUACAUCAAGUCCAAAGCAUUUUUUUUAAAGGCUUGAGAAAAAGCAGAAGAAAAUGGGAAAACAUGGAUUCCCUCCAUCACUUUUCUUUUAACAGCUAUAAGGUGCAUAUACUGGUUAAAAUAGUGGGUUCCACCACCAAUGGAAUUUGAGUGCUCAGCACAAUUGCUUGAAUUGCAACCAUUACAACAGAGCUCUAAAUGGUCAACUUGAUUAAAAGUAUUGGUCUGUCAGUUUUGGACUUUAUGUGAAAGACAGCAUUAAUAUGCAUCCCUCUAUUUUCUGGACAUGUUGUUUCAUCUGUAAAAAGUCAGCCUGUGUGUUUGGUAUUAUGGGAGAGUCUCACCAACAAAGUUACUGGCUGUAAUAAUUAUAAUAUUGGUUCAGUUACAUUACUUUGCCAGGGCUUAAGGCCAUGUCACUCAAAAUAUGAUGAAUAAACAUGAAAAAGCAAAAGAUUUUAAAAUUACCUUCCAUUAUCUUGGUUGUCUCCAAGCCAACAGCCAGACAUUGACUGGUUUUGGGACAGUUCAUGUCUGUGAAUGUUUGCAAAAAAAAAUAAUCACCUUUGCGAGAAAUCAGGCAA